AUGGCCAACCCCCGCGUUGAAGAGCUUCCCGAUGACGAGACCAAGAAGGUCUCCGUCGAGGAGCACGAGGACGAGAGCUCCGACUCCGAGAUUGAGGGCGAGGAUGCCGAGGGCCUUCCCUCCGGCUCCACCGCCGUCAUCCACUCCCGCAACGAGAAGAAGGCCCGCAAGGCUCUCGAGAAGCUGCACCUGACCAGAGUGCAGGGCAUCACCCGCGUCACUCUCCGCCGCCCCAAGAACAUCCUCUUCGUCAUCAACAACCCCGAGGUCUACAAGUCCCCCAACAGCAACACCUACAUCGUCUUCGGCGAGGCCAAGAUCGAGGACCUCAACGCCACUGCCCAGCAGGCCGCCGCCCAGCAGCUCGCCGCUGCCGGUGGUGAGCACGACCACGCCGGCCACGACCACUCCAGCCACGGCAAGGCCGUUGAGGCUGACGCCGAUGCCAAGAAGGACGAGGAGGAGGAUGACGGCGAGGAGGUUGAUGCCGAGGGCAUCGAGGACAAGGACAUUGAACUCGUCAUGACCCAGGCCAACGUUAGCCGGAAGAAGGCCAUUAAGGCCCUGAAGGAGAACGACAACGAUAUCGUCAACUCUAUUAUGGCAUUGAGUAUUUAG